AUGGAGGAAGGAUGGGAUUUCAGGAGUAUAAAUACUGGUUCAACGCUGACGACCAUUGUCAGUACAUUCUUAUCAUUUGCUUUGAGCAUUCUUACAUCUGUGACACUACCACCACCCUUACAAUCUGCUCUUUUCUGCUCUUCUGGCAACACCAUGAAGUCAUCGAACAAGGAGUCAUCUGACCAACAAGAAGGCGUCAAGCCACAAGAUGUUGUUUCACUAUCGGAGGGGAAAACAAUAGAUGGUUUGAAUGAAAUGGAAAGACAACUCACCGAAGCUGGAGAAGCCAAGUACCAUCGUCUCGGGUGGAAGCGUCUGACAAUCAUGUUAAUUGUUGAAGCCAUUGCUCUGGGAUCUCUUUCAAUUCCCAGUGCAUUCGCAACACUUGGCAUGUUUGUUGGGGUCCUCUCCUGUGUUGGGAUAGGCUUCAUCGCCAUAUAUACGUCGUACGUGAUUGGCCAAGUCAAAUUAGCGUUCCCGUCCAUUCGCCAUUAUGGUGACGCUGGAACCUUGAUGAUGGGCCGGUUUGGCUACGAGUUGUUCACAGCAAUGUUCUUCCUUCAGCUCGUAUUUGUAACCGGCUCACAUUGUUUGACCGGCACCAUUGCGUUCCAGCAUAUCACUGGCAGCGGUAUUUGCUCCCUGCUCUUUAGUGGCGUCUCAGCUGUAAUACUGCUCUUGUUGGCUAUUCCAUCUUCGUUUUCUGACGUUGCCAUUCUUGGAUAUAUCGAUUUUGCUUCGAUUAUCAUCGCCAUUGGAAUCACAAUAAUUGGUACGGGCAUCGAAGGCACCAAUGCAACAGGUGGCUUGGGAGCGGUGAAUUGGUCUGUUUGGCCGAAAGAAGCAAUCUCAUUUUCCGAAGUAUUCGUCGCAAUUUCGAAUAUUGUUUUUGCUUAUUCUUUCGCGACUUGUCAGUUCUCGUUCAUGGAUGAAAUGCACACCCCCCGCGAAUUCACCAAAUCGAUUUGGGUGCUCGGUCUUCUAGAAAUCGUCAUUUACACCAUCACCGGUGCUACCAUUUACGCAUUUGUCGGUUCAGAGGUCAAAUCGCCGGCCCUUCUAUCCGCAGAUUUAAUUGUAUCAAAGGUUGCCUUUGGCAUGGCCCUCCCUGUGAUAUUCAUCUCCGGUUCGAUCAACACCAUUGUGGCAGGUCGAUUGAUUCACAGUCGUGUAUACCGGAAGAGUGUGACUAGAUAUGUUAACACGACGAAGGGAUGGAUCACCUGGAUUAUAUUGAUCUCCUUCAUUACCAUCCUGGCUUGGAUAAUUGCUGAGGCAAUUCCAUUCUUCUCGGAUCUGUUGGGCAUUGCCUCAGCGCUAUUCACGUCAGGGUUUUCCUUUUAUUGGCCACCAGUUAUGUGGUACCUGCUCAUCCGGAAGGGAAAUUGGUGGUCCAAGAAAAUUUGCUCCUCUCAAUUAUCAACAUAUCUGUUUUCCUUUUCGGCCUUAUGGUCCUCGUGGGAGGUCUGUAUUCUACCGCUAUAG